UCCCGCGCCCCCGCCGCUGCUGCCACCACCGCCACCGAUCCCGCGGGCGCAGCCACCGCCGCCGCUUCCCCCCCAUAAUAGUGGGUGAUGUUGGACAUGGGAGAUAGGAAAGAGGUGAAAAUGAUCCCAAAGUCCUCCUUCAGCAUUAACAGCCUGGUGCCUGAGGCAGUGCAGAGCGACAACCACCACGCGGGCCACGGCCACCACAACAGCCACCACCCUCCGCCCCAUCAUCAUCACCACCACGGCCACCACCACCACCAUCACCCGCCGCCUCCACCUCCUCCCCAGCAGCAGCAGCCUCCUCAGCAACAGCAACAGCAGCAACACCCCCCGCCACCCCAACCCCCUCAGGCCCCCCAGGCGCGCAGCGCCCCAGCCGAUGAAGAUGAGGAUAAGGGACCCCAGCAGCUCCUGCUUCCUCCACCCCCUCAGGGGGCCGCUUCGGCUGCUACCGCCUCGGCAGCCCUAGACGGGGCCAAAGCUGAUGGGCUUGGGGGCAAGGGUGAACCCGGCGGCGGAGGUGGCGGUGGGGCCGGAGACUUGGCCCCUGUUGGGCAGGAGGAGAAGGAGAAAGGGUCUGGGGGGGAGGAGAAGAAGGGGGCGGGUGAGGGCGGCAAGGACGGGGAGGGGGGCAAGGAAGGGGAGAAGAAGAACGGCAAGUACGAGAAGCCGCCCUUCAGUUAUAAUGCCCUGAUCAUGAUGGCCAUCCGCCAGAGCCCAGAGAAACGCCUCACCCUCAACGGCAUCUACGAAUUCAUCAUGAAGAACUUUCCUUACUACCGGGAGAACAAGCAGGGCUGGCAAAACUCCAUCCGCCACAACCUGUCCCUGAACAAGUGCUUCGUCAAGGUACCCCGCCACUAUGACGACCCGGGCAAAGGGAACUAUUGGAUGCUGGACCCUUCAAGCGACGACGUGUUCAUCGGGGGCACGACUGGUAAAUUGCGCCGGAGAUCUACGACGUCCCGGGCUAAGUUGGCCUUCAAACGCGGGGCUAGGCUCACCACCGGACUGACCUUCAUGGAUCGGGCAGGCUCUUUGUACUGGCCCAUGUCUCCCUUCCUAUCCCUACACCACCCCCGGGCUAGCAGCACUUUGAGUUACAAUGGAACCACAUCCGCUUACCCCAGCCACCCCAUGCCCUACAGCUCCGUGUUGACUCAGAACUCGCUGGGCAACAACCACUCCUUUUCCACUUCCAAUGGGUUAAGUGUUGAUAGACUCGUCAACGGGGAGAUCCCUUAUGCCACGCAUCACCUUACGGCCGCUGCCCUGGCAGCCUCUGUGCCCUGCGGGCUGUCUGUCCCCUGCUCCGGGACCUAUUCCCUAAACCCUUGCUCCGUCAAUCUGCUGGCGGGACAGACAAGUUACUUUUUCCCCCAUGUCCCUCACCCUUCAAUGACUUCUCAAAGCAGCACUUCUAUGACCGCCCGGGCCGCUUCCUCCUCCACGUCUCCGCAGGCGCCCUCCACCCUGCCCUGUGAGUCUUUAAGACCCUCUUUGCCAAGUUUUACAACGGGACUGUCUGGAGGACUUUCUGAUUAUUUCACACAUCAAAAUCAGGGGUCUUCUUCCAACCCUUUAAUACAUUAACAUCCCUGGGACCAGACUGUAAGUGAACAUUUUACACACAUUUGCAUUGUAAAUGAUAAUUAAAAAAUAAGUCCAGGUAUUUUUUAUUAAGUCCCCCAUUUUCUGUACGUUUGUUCAGUCUUUAGGGUUGUUUAUUAUUCUAACAAGGUGUGGAGUGUCAGCGAGGUGCAAUGUGGGGAGAAUACACUGUAGACUACGAAGUUUGGAAGUCAAAAUUAUAGUAGAAUGUGUAUCUAAAUAGUGACUGCUUUGCAAUUUUUAUUCAGACACGACAAGUCUAUCACUAAUUACCACCAAGAUUUCCAUGUUUGCAGUAUUAUAAGUUAUCAUGGAUAUAUAUGGUGGAUGGAGACCUUGGAAAAAAACACUAAAUUAUGGGAAAGGUGGGAAAAAGAAGUUUAAACUGUAAUUUGUAUUUUAAAAUAAUUAAUAGUAAGGAUUCCCAAGAAACGACAUUUGGGCCAUUUAUUGUUUUGUCCUUUUCCUUAAGAAACUGGUUUUUGUUUACUUUUAGACCAAAGAUUGGGUUUUAGAAAAUGCACUUGGUGAACUAAGUAUUUCAAAGAGAAGCAAAAACAAAACAUAAAACAAACAAAAAAAGCACGUUUCAGUUCGCAGCACUGCCCGUUCAAAUGAGUCAGAAGGGGACAAAAUUAAUGAUUGCCUUCAGUUUGUGUUGUGUAUAUUUUGAUGUAUGUGGUCACUAACAGGUCACUUUUAUUUUUCCUAAAUGUAGUGAAAUGUUAAUACCUAUUGUACUUAUAGGUAAACCUUGCAAAUAUGUAACCUGUGUUGCGCCAAUGCCGCAUAAAUUUGAGUGAUUGUUAAUGUCGUCUUAAAAUUUGAUUGUGAUACUGUGGUCAUAUGCCCGUGUUUGUCACUUACAAAAAUGUUUACUAUGAACACACAGAAAUAAAAAAUAGGCUAAAUUCA